UUGGAAUGGAAACUAUUCUGAAGGUAGAGAGUGGAUGGCGGUAAUGCCCCGUUUGUCAGGCGGUAAACUGCCAAAAAACAAGAAAGAAGAAGCAGCAAAAGAAGAAGAAGACGAAGAAGAAGACUGUAUUGUUACGAGUGAACAACCAGCUCUGUCCCAAGAUGGCCGCCGUGUGAUGACGCUCCAUAUUGGCUCACAGCGCUCGUAAACUAUGUAUAUAUCUAUGGUCGGAAAAUUGUGACUUGCCACUUUACUUGAAUACAGCAGCACAAGAAGAAGCUUGUACUUCCGACCGGGCUCAAACCAAAUAUACGACCGUACUCGCCGGUCUUAUCUUCGUUGUCUUGACGAUGGGGGAGGCCGAAGUGAUACAGAACCAAGCCGACGAGAAGCCCUCGGACGCGUCUUCUGUACCCGGCGAGGAGUCGGUGGUGUGGAGUCAUGAAGUGGAGGUCUGCCUCUUCCACGCCAUGAUCGGACACAAGCCUGUCGGAGUAAACCGUCACUUCCACAUGAUCUGCAUCCGAGACAAGUUUAGUCAGAACAUUGGCCGCCAGAUAUCCUCUUCUGUCAUCUGGGAUCAUCUUGGAAGCAUGUAUGACAUGCAAGCACUGCAUGAGUCAGAGAUCUUGCCCUUUCCAAACUCUGAGAAAAGUUUCUUUCUGCCUGAUGACAUCAUCCAGGAAGUGAAGGAAGGCAAGCUGUGCUUGGAGGAGGAGCCUAAGGAGGAGCUAGAGCUGGAGCGAGAGCAGCCUACAAUGCACGAAGAAGGAAGUAACUCCUCGCUCAAAAUGUCAGAGCGAACAAGCAGCAGCCGUGACAAGGAGAAGGGUAGCGUUGAUGUUGCAGCUACAGGAGGAGGAUCAGGUGGGAAGGAAGCAGAGAAGAGGAAGAGGAGUCGUGCCACAGAGAAGCUCUUGUCAUCGUCCAAUCCUGCCAGCCCCGGAGGAGCCAAGAGGAGACGCACAUGACUGGUCACAUGAAGAACUGGUGUGUUUCUCGUCAUGACCUUCUUUUGGCGACUGGAGGUCAGAACUCGGUUGCCCUCUGAAUUCUUACUAGCUGACAGAAUGUUGAAGACCAUAACGCUGAGUGCACAGGAAAAGGACACUUGGCGGUCGUAUAUAAUUUAUGUCUCUAAAUUGACGGCGUCCUGCUUUUCUGUCGCUGGAUUGGAGUGACUAUUCACUAUUUACAUUGCUGUUUUUUGUCAACAAGCAGAUGAUGCUUGUUAUUAAAUAGAUGUCAAACACA